CCGCUAAAGCUGGUUAAGCCUAGAGAAGUAAACAAAAUCUUGACUCUUUUUACAAGGAUAUGAGUGAAAAACCUUGACAAAAGGAAUAACAAAAAUAUUAAUUGUUUUGAUUUUUGUAUUAACUCGACAUGGUUAUUAUAUUAAUUGUUUAGUUGAUUAAAGAAAUAUAGUUUUGUUUGAUUUUAAUACUGUCUUGUGGUUGUGAUGAUUAACUGUUUACCUAUUUCCCUACUAUUACACUGUCCUGUACCAUCUCUAAUGAGACCAUCUUUAUCAUUAGCAACAUUCACGUUACUGUCAUGAUGUGUCAUCAUCGUCAUCAAUAUUUGUGAUCAUGAUAAUAUUGUUGCUCUAUGUGGAUAUUUAAUUGUUCAAUUCAUCUAUUUUUCCCUUUCUUUCCUGCCUUUAUCACUUACACCUCUUUUCUCUCAAACGAUUCCCUUCUUUCUUCACCCUCUUUCUCUUAAUACCAUCUUUCACCUCCAUAGAUCAAAGCAACUUAAAUUAUUGACAUCUCUGACGAUCAAUUUAACUAGAGGAGGAAGAGAGUAUUCUUACCACCACCGCACCAACAAGUCCACAAUCAUGCCAGCCAUAACCAGGACACCAAAAGAUUUGUAUAUGGCCCACUCUAUUGGGGAAUUGAAUCAAUUAGCAAAUGAUAAGCUUACUAUGGUAAUGAAAGCCUCUUCACCUGAUCUUUUACUCAAUGGCAUGAAGAAGGUUUUCAAUCAAGCAAAACAAAGCUAUGAUUGUGGCGAUGAAGAGAAAGCUUUCAUCUAUUACAUGAGGGUUGCUACUCUCUGGCAAGCGGUUAAUGCAGCUCGCUAUCGUGAUGAUAAAAAGUUCGCUGAAAUGUUUAAAGAAGCUAUUGUAAAAUGUGAAGAACUAUCUACCAAACUAGGUGAAAGAUAUGCACAAGCCACAAGCAAAUCAGGUUCAUCCUCUUCAACUUUACCUACGCCUGGAAAAACUAUAAAGGCAAAUAACGAUACCGAUACCACAAAUAUAAAUAAUGUUAAUCCAGCUAAAACCACCAAUAAUAUAAAUAAUAAUGGCUUCAAAAAUGACCUUUCCGCUGCUAAUAGACGUGAUGGCUAUAACUCUAACCAGAUUGAUGGUGAUAAUGUUAUAUAUCCAUCCAUUGAGCCAUUAGAGAUGUAUGAUUUAAUCGAGGACCUUGUUAAAACAGGAUCCAAUGACAUAAUACUUUUAUUGGAUGCAAGGAAAAGAGAAGAUUUUGAAGCCUCUCAUUUAAGUAAUCUCAAAACGGAUAAAGUUAAAUUGUUAAAUAUACCAGAGGAGUUAUUAGAGAAAGGUACAGCGGCUACCAAAUUGUUAAAAUCUUUACCAAACAAUGCUCAAUUAAUUUUAAAAGAAAGGAGAACUGCUCGUAAGGUGAUUAUUUUUGAUUGGAAAUCAAGCAGUUACAGUGAGAAUGAACGUUUGGCUGCUUUAUUUGAUGCUUUAUGGAAGUGGGACAAUAAAGAAGGAUGUCCAUCACCACCUAUUCUUUUGAAAAAAGGUUAUUAUGGCUGGCUUAAUAGUUAUCCAAUGCUAACUUCUAAUUCAAAAGUAACACCACCAGUUUCUGAUGAUAGCAACGAUUCAGAAUACGAGUCCCUUUGCCUGAAUUUUUACUCUCAGUUAAAUAAGGCCGGUGAUUCAUCCCCAGAUGCACCUAAACCAGCACAGAAUGGGACAAGCUAUCCAUCAGUAUUGAAUGAUGGCGAUGUUGAUGAUAAUGAUGAUAUUGGAAUGAUUCAGGAUAGCAAUGAGUUGGUUGUUCGUCUGACAAAUUCCAAAUUGAAAGAUAAUGCAAACAAAAUACCAGGAACUGCUCAACCUGUUCCACCGAUUAAUCGACAGGUUAAACCCAAAUUGAACAACGGUGAUGUAAACUCGCCUUUGAAAUCACCUAACAUGAUCAACAAAAACGAUAAACCUAAUGGAUUAUCUCCAUCUACCAUGAAUGCUACCACUACAAUACCAGUUCAGAGCAAUAAACCAUUAAAUGUACCAACACAGCAAAACGGAAAUAUCAAUGAAAAUAACAACAUGAAGGAACUAGAAUUUAAAGCUCGUAAGUCACUCGAAGCACAAGAAGAGAUGCUUCGACUAAGGGAAAGUGAAUAUGAAACAGCAUCUCUGGAAAAGGAUAAGAUUUUAAAGAAAAUUCAAGCUGAUAGAGAACAUCUUUUACGAGAAAAUGUUGAUCUUAAACGAAAGUUGAAACCUAAUCCCUCCAAGUUACCUGAUCCUUCCUCUGAUUCUUCAACAAUCACUACUUCAGUAGCUGAAUCGCGGGAACCAUUCAAGCCUGUAAAAUUCAGUGUAGCUGCUGAAAGUGGUGAUGAAAGUGAAAAUGAAAGAGAAGCAACAAGUAACCCAGAUGAAGAAAUGUGUUACCCUGCUACUAAACCGAUCAUGGAAACCACAAUUAAACGAUCAGAUGAGAGAACAGUUUCUGAAUCUUCAUCUCCUAGUGCUGUACCAAGAAUACCUUCAAUUGCCAAAACCGGAAAAAGUCUAUCAAGAUCCUACUCGUCCCCUAAUAUAGCUGACCAUCAUGAUGACGAAGACUCACAAAAUCGACCUCCAUCUAAUCAUCAACCAACGUUUGACCGUGCACUUAAACCUUUAUCAAAUGCAACCGAUUUUCCUCGAGGCUUCACAAGUUCGGCGCGUAUGAGAAACUUUUCACCCAUUUAUGGUAUUCCUGGUCAAGUCAACACUGGUCUCAAAAAUUUGGGUAACACUUGUUUCAUGAAUGCCGUUCUACAAUGCUUAGCUGAUACCUCAAUAUUCCGUCGAUAUUUUCUCCAAGAGAAACACAUGGCUGAUAUUAGUCGUCACAAUCGACUUGGCUCUAGAGGUGAACUAGCCGAGGAGUUAGGAGCAUUGAUACGAGAAAUUCGUAGUAAUCAAUAUAAAUCAGUGUCGCCCUCAAAUUUUAAAGAUGCCGUUGGAACCCAUAUGCCUUUCUUUAUGGGCUGUGAACAACAAGAUGCCCAUGAAUUUUUAUGUAUGCUUCUGGAAAAAUUACAUGCUGACCUUAACAGAGCACCUGCAGCUAACGGUGCUCUUAACCUUCCAGACGAUCUACCACCUCACAUAGCAAUAACCAAAUUUUGGAAUCAUCAUAUUUCUCGAAACCGAUCAAUCGUAUCUGAAAUGUUUGAAGGUCUUCUUAUGUCAACCCUUAAGUGUACAGCUUGUGGUAAACAGUCGCAUACUUUUGAAGUUUUUAGCAACCUUUCUCUUCCCAUUCCUACCAAAUUGGGCCAUAGAUUUACCAUCCUAGACUGUUUGGAUCUGUUUUCAGAUGAAGAGAAGCUGUUUGGAGAAGCAGCCUGGGAAUGUCCAACCUGUAAAGUUAAACGAGAUGCCAUCAAACAGAUUAAAAUAUGCAAACUACCUAAAGUAUUAGUGAUACAUUUAAAAAGAUUUUCAUAUGAAGGUAAAUGGAGACAAAAGUUGCAAAACAUGGUCGACUUUCCUUUAUUUGACUUGAAAUUGAAAAAAUAUAAAAGUUGUAGCUCUGCGGAUAAUUUUGAUGCAUCUUAUGAACUCUACGGGGUAGUUAAUCAUUAUGGAACCCUUGAAGGAGGACAUUAUGUUGCAUUUUGUAAAAAUGAUGAAAAGAACAAAUGGUUUAAAUAUGAUGAUCAUGAAGUCACCGAAUUAAGUACAGCUGAUGUUAAAUCACAUGCUGCUUAUCUCCUGUUUUACACGUCCAACAAUUAAAUUUGAAAUAAAUUUGAAAUUUGAAUCGAAUCACACAAAAAAUAUCAUUGGUUUCCUUCUUGUUUAAUUACUUCUUUGCCAUUACACCCCAACACCAACACAAAAAAUCAAUUAUUGUUAGUUUCCAUUCUUACAUUGACCAAAUGAAAAUAUUUACAUUGCAAAUGUUUUUAAUGGAAAAUAUUUUCAUGAAUGGAAGAUAAGAUUGUACAAAUAUAUCAUCAAGUUUCUUAUGUUAAUUACAAAAUAAAACAAAUAAUUUGGAAUGAAAUCCUUUGAAUAAAGUCCAUAUUU